GAGAAGAGAGAUGAGGAGGAGUCCAAGUCGCUCUGGGGAAGUUGGGGGACUGAAAAGAGGAGCAUGGACUGCUCAAGAGGACAAGAUGCUCACUUCUUACAUUGUGGCCCACGGCGAAGGCAAGUGGACCCACGUCCCUCUAAGAGCUGGCUUGAAGAGGAGUGGCAAAAGCUGCAGGCUUCGAUGGUUGAACUAUCUCAGGCCUGAUAUCAAGAGAGGUAACAUCACCCAAGAUGAAGAAGACCUCAUUAUUAGACUUCAUAAACUUCUUGGCAACAGAUGGUCUCUUAUAGCCGGAAGGAUCCCUGGAAGAACAGACAACGAAAUCAAGAACUACUGGAACACUACUUUGGCAAAGAAGCUCAGAACACAGUCAGGCGCAGUGUCUGAACAACAUCCACCCAGCAAAUCAAGCGAGUCUGAUGAUCUCACUCGACCACAAGUGAUCCAAACGAAAGCCGCAAGAUGCAAAAACGUGGUUAUCCAACGCCCCCCUAACUAUGAUACUGAGGAAACGUCCACCGCCAACUCUCUAGAUUCCAACCAGUUAAGGUUUGACGAAGCUCACCUUGCUCCCCACUUCACGAACCAGCCUCCGCGGGCGGUAGAUGAAUGUCAGAAUUCAGAUGUGACCUUGUUGGGUCGUGAACGGAAUGAUGAGUUUCAAGAUGAACUCAACGCCGCAGAUAUUUUCAGAGAGUUUAACCUCGACAAUAGCAUGGCCAUGGCCGUGACCAUGGAUGCUCAAGCUGACGAGUUCUCACCUAUCGACGAACUUGUCAAUUGUGGGACAACUGAUGGAUUCAGGAACAUUGGCACAAUGGAUCUGGAUUUAAUGACACUCAUGUUGGAUUCUGGCUCUUGGGAUUGGCCCUGAAUUCCUUUUUAACUUUUCGUACCAUUAAUUCGUCUUGUCUUAUCAAUCAAGAAGUUAGACUAAGUUAUCAGACCAGAUGUGAUAUUAAGAGUGGUAGAUGCACGAUAAUGUUUUUUCCAACAUUCACGAUGACGACGACGCCCGUGACGAAUUUUCAUCCCAACAUUACAGUGUAAGGGAUCAAUGCAGAAAAUAAUUUGACAAAA